CGCACUUCCGGAACACUUACUGAUUAUGUGUUUUGCUUGUUUAUGUUUCAGAAGUUUGCUUUGUUUCGAGUUACAAGAUACAAGCUGAGAACAAUAUAUUACUUUAUAUACAUGUUAUAUCCUGUUCUCAGGGGUUAAGAACUUAAGCAGGUGUUAAAAUGGGCAGAAUCUUUCUCGAUCACCUUGGUGGAACCCGACUUUUCUGCUGUGCCAGCUGUGAGACUGUGCUAACGAACCGAUCUGAAUUGAUAUCCACGAGGUUUACUGGAGCAACAGGCCGAGCAUUUCUUUUCAAGAAAGUGGUGAAUCUAAACUACAGUGAUGUGCAGGACAGAGUAAUGUUGACAGGCAGACACAUGGUGCGCGACGUCUCGUGUAAGAACUGUGAUGCCAAGCUUGGCUGGAUCUAUGAAUUUGCGACUGAGGAGAGUCAGCGGUAUAAGGAAGGUCGAGUGAUUCUGGAACGUGCGCUUGUCAUGGAAACAGAUGGGUUUGAAGACCAUGCAUCAUUAGAUAGCCCAAACUAACCUGUAGGGUUUUCAUUCUGCCACAUAGUUACAUAAUUGCACAUUGUUGUUAAUAUUUUUAUAUGUGACAUGGGAAUAUCGUGAAAAUGGGUUCAUGGGUUCAUUGUCAAUUAAUAUGAAUAUAUAUAUAUAUAUAUAUAUAUAUACAUACGUAUGUAUGUAUGUAUGGAUCUAUGUAUACAUAGUUUGUGGUCAUAGACUGGCAUCCUUAUCAUGUCUGUGUGUUACCUUACCUGUUAUAUUGCAGUAUAUGAGGUUUGUUACAUACUGCUGUAUAGAAUUCAUUUUACAUUGAGCAUAAGCAGUCAUAUCUAGAUUAGUUUGUUUCGAGUUGAAUAAGAAUUUGAUUGGAUUAGGUUUGCCCUCCACCUUUUGGAAUUUUAAUUGAAAAGAUGUAGAGAAUAUUGUUUGUACAUUAUUACUAUUUUUUAAUUAAGGUAAUGCACUUUCAUUAUUUAUAUUUUAGGACUUAUUAAGGACAUGCCCAUAUUAAAGGCAUGAUUAGCCAGCAAAUACUGCUAUAAACCUUGUACUAUGUGUAAGUAUAAUUA